UCUGAAUAUUGUCUCCUUGCUGAGAUUUGGGAUUUACAAGUUUUCUAUCCUUAUGAAAAUUUUCUAAUGACGUAAUUAUUUUUAUCUGUUAAUCAGACCACAAGUUUCUCAUUUGGCCUAAAAAUUGUAAGCUGUAAAAGGUGCCAGUCACGGGUUUCCAGAGUCCAAGGUGCCGCCUGACUUUGUCCAAAAAACUGUCAAAAACCCAAAUAUAUCUAGUUCACUAACAGAGAAAACCAGAACAUAUUCAUAUGUGAGAAUCCUUUAUUUUGCUUGAGAUAUGACUUUAAGGAUUAACUGAAAAUGGUUGCAGAUAUAUUUCCUGUCACAAAAAAAGCAUUUAUUUGGGAAUAUGUCUGCCUUUAAAGCCCCUAAAAACCUGGUUUAUUUAAGUCAUUUUCUCCAGGAUUAAAUAUUCACAUCUAAACCAACUGGACAAACAUCUUUAGCUGUUGAAUGAAAUUCUGAAACCUCUGCUGUCAAAUAACCAGAGCUGUUGUAACUUUGGCAGAAAAUGUGCUCAAGGAGAACACAUUCAUUCAUAAACAAGGUCUUCAGAGCCUUGAAGCUCCAUCACGUUGGUAACAUUACUGCUUUUUGGGAAGAGGAUGAAGGGAAAGCAGUUAAAAGUUGAAAACAUGAACUGUGGUGGGGUCUAAAGGUUGAGCUGCUGUGAGACCUGAGGAGUCUGGGUGAUGAAUCAAGCACGUGUCUUCUGAAGUUUCUCUCGUUGGGAUAAAAUUCUCUUCUUGUGCUGCUGUUCCGCCGUCAGAAGAGAAAAACUCUGGAAGACACGCUGUUGAUUUGUUAAACUCAGGCUGCUGAAGCUUCAUAAAAGCAGUGACUGAACUUUUGAGUUUUUCCAUUUUUCCCCAUCUGUCACAUUAGAGCGGCAUUAGGAAGGGAGGUCGGACAGGAUGAAUGCUAAGUGCAAACGGCUCCUGGGCUGCUGUUUGAAGAGAAGCUGGAAAAAUGCAAACCUGUCAUUUAAGUCAAAUAAACCAUUUUAAAAUUCAUUGGUUUAUCUGAAAAUGCAUUGUCAUGAGCUGUACACAAGACUGUUUUCCUUAGCUCAUGUUAAUGGAGAUACAAGGUUUUCACCUGCCAUCAGUAAAGCUCAGCGGGUUCGAGUAUGUUCACUAAGGCCAGUUAAAGGUUAUUAAUAUACAUAAAGCUUCAUUCUCACAUCCUGAACAGUCAGAAUGCCGAACUCUGAUUGGCUGAAACCUCCAUCUACCAUCACAUAUGUAUACAAACUGAGUAAAGAAACCCUUUAAGGUGUGUGUGUGUGUGUGUGUGUGUGUGCUCCCUCCCUCACGGAGAAACAACACUGCACACUGGGGCAGUUUGAAGGCUUUAGUUAGAAUUAGGAGAAUUUUAGGACCAGGUUGAUAUUUGUACUAUCUUCAGUAGAGGUGGUUGUGUUUUUAUUUCUAUUUUCUUUCAUUCCAGAUAAAUAGAUCCUUUAUUGAUCCUGAGAGAAAUUCCGGUAUGAGUUCCAGAAUGAGUUCACCUUAUUUCUGUAUUUUUGAUUGUAAAAAUCUUUCAUAAACAUUGUUUUAUGACUGAAUUAAAGUUUUUUUUUUUAAACUGGUGAAAAUGAGGACAUGCUUCAGUGUAUAUGAAUGAUUAAGCAUGUUUACUGUUUAAAAACGUGUAUCUCUUGUUGUAGUUUCCCCAGAUUUCAACAGGUGGAACUGAGCCUGAGCUUCAUCACUUAAAUUCUUUUGAAUGCUACUUUAUUGAAACUUUCAUUUUGUAUUCAUCCAGGUAAGAAUGUAUUGAUUGUUGUUACUUUUGGGCACAUUUUUAACAAAUUGUGGGGCUUUUCUCUUAAAUGAAAUGUUUAAAGAUCCUGUUGUGGAUGCUUUUCUUCCAUGACAGGAUGUUUUACCUCUGGGGAAAAAAACAGUGCAGGCUCCUGCAUUUAUCUGUUGAGGCUGUCUGUCUUUAUAAUCUGCUGUUCAUUCACUCUGACACUCUGUAAAUUAACCUGAUAUGAGUCUAAAGCUGCAUGUUCACUGCUUUGACGCUCCAGCCUCUUUACCAGAGUGUUGUGGAGCUGCUCCUGUGCCACAGCUGUUCUUUAUUGCACAGCUGGUGGAGCGAUGGAUGGAUGGACCGUACACUCCAAGAGCUGCAUACUGCUGCUUGAUGCAAGUAGAGUAAUCUGAAUAACAGCUUUUACUGACUGGAAUGUAUUGACCGGCUUCAGAUUUAGCAGCUCAUUCCAAAAGCCUCCCUCCUCCCAGUAUCCCUCCUCUUCCUCCCUCACUCACCCUAUCUGCCAUCCCUGUUUUCAUCUCUGCUGUGCAGUCAGUCUCCAGUUGAUGUGUAUUGGCAGCUGCAUCAUUCCACCCUGCUGAGUUAUUGGGAUUUGUUUGCUACUAUUUCUGCUUUGUCCCUGUAGCUGUACAUGCACAUCUGUGUGUGUGUGUGUGUGUGUGUGUGUUAUCAGCUGUUAUUGGACUAACUGCUAUUGACUCUUUGUUGUUGUUUUUUUGUUUUUUAUGGUUCCACGUCCCAGGGCGAGGGAAACCAGAGAUGUUCUCGUCUUCGUCCAGAAACACUCUGUUCUCGCCCUGGUUGUCCAUGGAGCAGUCGGACUCUGAGGCGUUGGACAUCAGCACCAAAGUGCAGCUGCAUGGCAUGCUGUGGAAGAGGCCCUUCGGACGGCCGUCGGCCAAGUGGUCCCGCAGAUUCUUCAUCAUCAAAGACGGCUUCUUGCUCUACUAUGCAGAGAGCGAGAAGAAAAACUUUGAGACCAACAGGUACUUCAACAUCCACCCGAAGGGAGUCAUCCCCUUGGGAGGAUGUGUGGUGUCAGCUAACGAGGACAUGGGGAUGCCCUUUGCCAUCGUGAUCAACCUGGAAGAUUUCACUGGCACCAUAGUCCUGGCUGCUGAGUCUGAGGAGGAGCAGGUGCAGUGGUUGGAGAUGCUCCAGGAGUCAGGGAAAGUCACGUGGAAGAACGCCCUCCUGGGGAAGGCCAUAAUCGAGAGCCUGGAGGCCCAAGGGCUGCAGCUGACCAAGGAGAAGCAGGUGUAUCUGGAUAAACUGAUGGAAGAGACAGAAGAGCUGAGUCAUCAGCGAGCACAGAAGGAGGAGCUGGAGCGUCUAAACCAGGUCCUGGAGGAGGAGAAAACGAAGUUUGAGGAGGUGCUGCUGGAGUUGAAGGCAGAGCAGGAGCAGAUCAAAGUAGACCUGGACGGCACAGCUCAGUCCCUGAAAGGUGUUGAGAGUGAAAAAGAAGAGCUGAGCAACUUGACAGUCAGGCUGCAGAAAUCCAUUGAGGAGCUUUCUCAGGAGAAACGGCGAACCCUGGAGCUGCUGGGUGUGAAGGAGCGGGUGGAGGAGAGCUGCAGGAAGGGCAAAGACGGCGAGGAGCUUGGAGACGUCGACCCGCUGCAGGAUCUCAGGGACAACGAGCAGCGGGCCCAAAUGCUGCAGCGGGAGAGGGAGUACUACUCGUCCCAGGCCCAGACGCUGCAGCAGUCGCUCUCCCAGCUUGCUGUGGACAAGCAGCAGACCGAAUCCGAGCUCAAGGCGGAGAUCGAGUCUCGGAUGGAGCUGGAGAAGAGGCUGAAGCAGGCUGAGGAAGCUCUGCAGGACCUGGAGAAAGGCCUGGACUCACUGGAACGAACCACAGAGAGAGAUGAGGAGAUGAAAGGGGACGUGACCCAGCUGAAGAGGUUCUUUGAGGAGUGUAUCUGUGCAGCAGAGAUGGAGGCCAAGCUUCCAGCGAUAAUGAAGAACGCUGUGUAUCUUCACAAAGCUGCUGUGCGCAGGAUCAAGAGCUGCAGAGUCCAGAGGAGAGCCUCCAGACGCCACUGGUUGAAACACUCCAAGUCCUGUGCUGCAGCCAGCACCGAGGGCGGCCGUGUGGAGGAGCCGAGGGAGACGGCGCGGCAACAGACUUCAAACAGCGGCGUCAAACAGAGUGCGGACAAGAUCACGGCUCACAAGUGUAUUCCAAACGAGCCAGAGGACUGAGAGGAGAGAGAGCGAGGUAACACGGGAGAAACGUUCCUCACCUUUACCCACCAUUGAAAUACUGUAGACGAACGUGCGCAGGCUGGAUGGCAUCGCGGGCUGCAAAGCACAGUUAGUACAAAGUUUGAGCACAAUCAAAGUUUUACAGACUGUUGGGAAGAUGCUUUGUUAUGGCUUGUUCGACUGCUCAAGAAGAUGUACUUCUGUAUGUACGGGUUUAGAACAGGUGAUGUUUUCAUGCUUGAGCUGCUCCACAUAGUUCUCAAAAAUACUGGGCCACAAGCAGGAGAGUUGGCGACUACACCUGGCUCUGUCUGGCAGCAUCAACAUCGUGACAGAGACUGACUAACAGAGCUGGAAACCCUGAAACUAGCAGGAACCUCCACAGCAGCAACUUGACUGUACGCUCAGCUGAGACCGCCUCUCUGAGUAUUGUUGUCAUGCAACUGAAUUGUAUGUAUUGAAUGCUCCCUUAUGCAAGUAUUAAAAUCCUUCUGUAAAGAACAUGGGCCGUUUGUUUAUGGUAGAAUAACCACUGAUCAUCAUAAACCUAAUGUACAGUAUGUAACAGCACUUUGUUCCCAAAUGUGUCUUGUGAUACAUGAUGCGUGUCCUCAGCUGCUACUACUGCAAUAUCCCUGUCCGUACUAGCCCAUUCAGUACUUCUACCUCAUUUCAAGUACUUCUGACAGUACUACUAUGUUGUAAUACAAUGAAAAUGUCUAAGGUUAAUAAUAAACUGGUUUU